ACUGUCUCUUGAAAGGAUCAGAGGCAGAGAGAGAUAGGAGAAGACAAGAGAAGGUUCUUGGUUAUGGAAUUGCUCUAUCUCCUCUGCUCGAUCGUCUACACUUCAGUCACAACGCUCUUCCUCUCUCUUCUCCUCCCUUUCCGCCUCCUUAUCAACCGUAUCUUACCUUCACGCUCCGCCGUCGAUUCUAACGUCUCUUAUUACGAAGGCACCGUCUGGCACGAUAGGCUCCGUCCCGUACGGCACUCCUUCCGUUACACCGUACGUUACGCGCUCUUCGACCUCGACAACGCCGUUAACGCGCCGCCGGAUCAUCUCUCCGCCGACGAAGCUCGUCUUCUUGCUCGUACUACCGGUCCGAUUUUUCUAUUGACAAUACCUCCAAGCGUUGGAUAUGAACAGAACCCUUUGAGUUUGUAUUAUUGCUACAACUUAGAAGGAGGCUCUUGUAAGCGCUUAAGUAAAUGUAUUGCACAGGUUACAAAUACGCCAUGGGGGGAACGAGUGACAUUUGUUUUCGACCCUGAAUCUGAAUUGGUUGCUAAAUCAUUACAAGUCAGUCCUUUCAUGGAUAUGCUUGGGAAUUGGAAGAUCAGAGCAAAUGAACCUGGAGAUGAGCUAUCUGUCUCCAUUGAAUCACAACAUCCUCAUCACGGUAACUACUUUUCCGCGACAUUGAAGGCAAAAAGAAUAGACCAAACACGGGUUUCUGAUCCAGCAGCUUUCUUCUGGUUGAUGCCUCAUAAGGUUGCUAUAUGGAUCUAUUGGCAUGCACUUAAACUCUGGUGGAAGAAUGUACCUUUCAUCCAACACCCUAGAUACUCAGACCCAUCUUACAGAGAGGAAGCGGCGAAACGAGAUCAAAAACUUCGACAUGUUGGUUUAGAUGGAUCAAACUCUGGUGAAACCAUCAACGUUAAUGGCUGUAGUAAUGGUUUUGGAGGAUGUCGCUUUGCGUGGCGAGAUGCUAAUUGGCCUUGGUCAUGAACACACACAUGCUUGGGAUAGCAGAUCGUUAAGAGUUAAGAACUUACAAUCAUAAAUCAUUUACCGAAUGGUAGGGUUGGUUGGUUGUUUAGAUGGAUGAGCCCACGAUGUAAUUUGACUUCUUGCAAGUUAAGAAAAUAACCAUUUGGUCUUAAAACUGUGUUACUAGCUACGCUGUGAACAUGUGAUGGUAGUCAGAGACGUGCAAAGAUUUUUUGAUGCCAUAAGCCAA